CCCUGUGUCCAUCCCUUGCUCUUCCGCCGCCAGCCCCCCUUCUUCAUUCAUUCUCUCGUUAAUCUGUCUUCUUCCAGCUGCACUAGUCACCUUCAGCCGUCACCUCCUGCCACCCACCGUCAGAGCUCUGUGCUCCUCGUCCUCCCCCCAUGCCACUGCGUUCCACCUGGAGCUCCCUCCCUUCUGCUCCUCCACCAGGCUGUCUCCCGUCGACACCCCCUCCUUCUCCCGCAGGCGAAGGCAGCCCUCUCCCCGAGCGCCUCCCCCAGCGAGCCCAGCAGGUAGCGAGCGUGCCGCCGCCAUGUUCAGCUGGCUGAAGCGGGGCGGGGCGCGGGGCCAGCAGCCGGAGGCCAUCCGCACGGUGACCUCGGCCCUCAAGGAGCUGUACCGCACCAAGCUGCUGCCUCUGGAGGAGCACUACCGGUUCGGGGCCUUCCACUCCCCGGCCCUGGAGGAUGCCGACUUCGACGGCAAGCCCAUGGUGCUGGUGGCCGGCCAGUACAGCACAGGCAAGACCAGCUUCAUCCAGUACCUGCUGGAGCAGGAGGUGCCAGGCUCCCGCGUGGGGCCGGAGCCCACCACCGACUGCUUCGUGGCCGUCAUGCACGGUGAGACCGAGGGCACCGUGCCGGGCAACGCUCUCGUCGUGGACCCGGACAAGCCCUUUCGAAAACUCAACCCCUUCGCAAAUAACAGGUUCAUGUGCGCCCAGCUCCCCAACCAGGUCCUGGAGAGCAUCAGCAUCAUAGACACCCCAGGCAUCCUGUCAGGGGCCAAACAGAGAGUGAGCCGCGGCUACGACUUCCCCGCGGUGCUGCGCUGGUUCGCCGAGCGCGUGGACCUCAUCAUCCUGCUUUUCGACGCGCACAAGCUGGAGAUCUCGGACGAGUUCUCCGAGGCCAUCGGCGCCCUGCGCGGCCACGAGGACAAGAUCCGCGUGGUCCUCAACAAGGCCGACAUGGUGGAGACGCAGCAGCUGAUGCGCGUGUACGGGGCGCUCAUGUGGGCGCUGGGCAAGGUGGUGGGCACGCCCGAGGUGCUGCGCGUCUACAUCGGCUCCUUCUGGUCCCAGCCGCUCCUCGUGCCCGACAACCGGCGCCUGUUCGAGCUGGAGGAGCAGGACCUCUUCCGCGACAUCCAGGGCCUGCCGCAAAAAGCAGCUCAGGAGGCAAGAAAAAAGGACUCACUGCCAGUGAGAACUGUCCUCCCGCAGGUCCACGCGUACAUCAUCAGCUACCUGAAGAAGGAGAUGCCCUCGGUGUUUGGGAAGGAGAACAAGAAGAAGCAGCUGAUCCUCAAGCUGCCCGUUAUCUUUGCCAAGAUUCAGCUGGAGCAUCACAUAUCUCCGGGUGACUUUCCCGACUGCCAGAAGAUGCAGGAGCUGCUGAUGGCUCAUGACUUCACCAAGUUCCACUCGCUGAAGCCAAAGCUGCUGGAGGUCCUCGACGAGAUGCUGACGCACGACAUCGCCAGGCUCAUGCCCCUCCUGCGGCAGGAGGAGCUGGAGAGCACCGAGGCCCGCGUGCAGGGCGGCGCUUUCGAGGGCACCCACAUGGGCCCGUUCGUGGAGCGGGGGCCCGACGAGGCCCUGGAGGACGGCGAGGAGGGCUCGGACGACGAGGCCGAGUGGGUGGUGACCAAGGACAAGUCCAAGUACGACGAGAUCUUCUACAACCUGGCGCCGGCUGAUGGCAAGCUGAGCGGCAGCAAGGCCAAGAGCUGGAUGGUGGCCACCAAGCUGCCCAACUCCGUGCUGGGCCGCAUCUGGAAGCUGAGCGACGUGGACCGGGACGGCAUGCUGGACGACGAGGAGUUCGCGCUGGCCAGCCACCUCAUCGAGGCUAAGCUCGAGGGCCACGGGCUGCCCGCCAACCUGCCCCGCCGCCUGGUGCCACCCUCGAAACGGCGCCACAAGGGCUCCGCUGAGUGAGCCACCGUCACCGUCACCGCCGCCGGCCCCCCCGCUGCCCCGCGGGGCUCCCCAGCUUCGGCCAGCCGCACGCGCGUCCCCACCCUGGCCCACACGCACCCCCCCUGUCCGCCUCCUCAGCUGUAAGGAGGGGGGGGUCUCUCUACUCUCCCACACCGCCAGACGGAGGGGACCAGGGGAGAGGCCAGACUUCUCGCCCGCCCUCCGCACCUCUCCCUUCGCAUAUACCUGGGCACGUCACACCUACACUAACACACACACAGGCAUCUACCCAUGCAUCAGUCAUUCAAGUAUUUAUUGAGCACCUACUACGUUCGAUGUCCGGGGCUCAUUCUAGGAGCUGGGGAUUCCAGCAGAGAGCAAACCAGACACAUGCCUGCCCUGGUGGAGCCGCCUUCUCAGGAGAGAGCAUGUACGUGGCCACCCGAGCACACGCAGGCACACGCCCCGCCCUAACCGGCCGCCCCCACCCCGAUUCCAGGUGGGACCCCUCGCCUCUCCCUGUAAAUGAGCGGCCCGCUUGGUUGAAAUGCCUAACAGGCCCCCUGCCCCGCUUCCUCCUGACCGCCCAGGCAAGGGUCCCCCCUCCCCCUUCACUUCACCUAGCCUCGGGACCACUGGGGGCUCCAAGGGAGACACAACCUUCUGCUUCCUCAGGUGGACCCCUCGUAGCCCCUCCCCCAGGCCUGGUCGCACACCUUUCUCUAAGAACGAUCUUUACGGGACAGAAAAGCCCCUUUGAUCCUCACUCCUCCCAAACUGCGCACUCGGAGGUAUUUCUGCCCUCUGCCCACCUGCCCGGGGUUGAAAGCCCAGUCUGGCUCCCGGCUGCCUGUUCCUGGGGGUGGGAAUGUUAGACGGCAGGGCCCGGCCUCACCGCCCACUGUCUGUCCAUGUUUAAGUGGAGCCCUUACCAGAUAUAAAAGACCCCAGGGCUUUAUUUCAGUCCCCUCUUCAGGGAUGUCGCGGGGGGAUGGGCUCUUGGUGCUACGGCCCUCCCUGCCCCUCUCUAUAAGGACCACCCCCUGUCCUGACAUCACCACACAGGAGUGUUUGACCCUGGUGGGGACCCCAUGGGAAGGACGGCGGAAGAGGGAACUAGGUGGGGACGAUGCCCCCGCCAGGGCGCUGGCUGGGGUUCCCACGCUCACCGACGCCCCCCGCCCCGCGCCCGGGAGGGGCCCGUGAACGGAGUAGCGGCCGCACUGAGCGAAUAAAGCCAAGGCUUCUUUCCACGUGGAA